AAAAGUUCCAUGGAUUUGCUAUCAAAAAGUGUAUUCGUCUCUACCUGAUUACCACAUUUAUUUUCUAAGGCUACGAUUACUUUUUCCUUUAUUCGUUGCAAUUUACAAGAAAUUUUAUCUUUUGUAACUAAUUUCGAAAUCAAAUGGCCCAAAAUAUCAUAUCAACCCGCAAGUCGAAGUCAACUCGUUUGGAGAUGCCGCCAAUGUCGCCGACUUAUCGACAGUACGAUAACGAUUACGGAUUGCCCAAGGAUAAGAUCCCAAAGAUGAGCAAAAGGCGGAGCAACAAGUCAUCUAUGCAGCCAUUCGAGGAACCGCCAAUCUUCGUAAAUGAUAAAAUUAAAAACCAUUGUGAUCAUCUACCUCGCCCAUCUAAGAAUCCGAUCAAAAGAACUGAAGGAAGUGUAUCCAUGUCGUCAAAAUAUCAAAGCAGAGAUAACAUGAGCAACAUAUCAUCAAAAACCGUUGAUUCCUCGGUGACCACAGGAAGUUUUCGAAAACGAACACCCAACGAGAUAAAAGAGCAGAAGGAAUCGAAAGAAAUCAAGGUAAAUAAGGAGGCCAAACAAAUUCAAGAUUUUAGGGAUACCAAAGAAUUCAAAGAGUUUAAAGAACACAGGGAACACAAGACAGGCAAAGAGCCAAGGGAAUCAAAAGAACCCAAAGAAAUAAAGGAACACAAGGAAUCCAGAGUUAAGGGAGGGGCUAAAUCACCCACUAUUAGCCAUCGCACCUCUCGUCAUAACACCAACCACACAAAGAACUACUUCGACAAGUACCUUAAGUUCGCCUUCGAUUUGACCACUCCUGAAGGAGUCCGAAAGCUGGAGGAACACUUCUUUCCCAACCAACCUCUUGGCCAGGAUCCAAAUGCCACUGGCAGCUCGAACCUAAAUCGACAGGAAUAAAUUGAGCCUGAUCUGGAUCUGUUCCAAAACUAUAUUACACUCUUUAAAGCCGAAAGGAUUUCAAAAUUCUCAAGUAUUUAACAAUGUGAUUUUUAAAUUGCAGCCAAAUUAUAAUCUUAAAAUUAUAUUGGAAUGUGAAAAGUUUUAAGAGUUAAUAAAUCUCAAACUUACAAACGUUAA